UACAAGGGAAAAUGCGAGCAACAAACUACAGCAGAACCAUACUGUCCACGGCAGUGCGGCGGUCCAAGAGCAAAACAUCAUGACUUUCUACAGAAACGGUGUGUGGCUCGUUAAAGGACUUAAGGAAUAUACCAAAGCUGGUUACGAGGCUGCUGCAAAACAUUUUGUUCCUGGAGAUUUGGAUGUGAAUUUAAAAGGGAAAUCCUUUAUGAUCACUGGUGCCAACAGCGGGAUUGGAAAAGCUGCAGCAAAUGAGAUAGCAAAAAGAGGUGGUACAGUUCAUCUUGUCUGCAGAAAUAAAGACAGGGCUGAAGAAGCGAAGAGGGAAAUCAUAGCGCAAAGUAACAAUGAGAAUGUUCACGUGCAUAUUCUGGAUAUGUCGAGUCCACGUCAAAUCUGGGAAUUUGCUGAAAACUUCAAGAAGGAAAAUAAUUUAAAUGUUUUGAUUAACAAUGCAGGGUGCAUGGUCAACCAAAGAGAGCUGACAGAGGAUGGACUGGAGAAGAAUUUCGCCACAAACACUUUAGGGACCUACAUUCUAACCACUGCUCUCAUACCAGCCUUGAAAAGCGCAGAUGCCCCCAGAGUGAUUACAGUGUCCUCGGGAGGCAUGCUGGUCCAGAAGUUAAACAUUGCUGACCUACAGUUUGAAAAAGGGCAGUUUGACGGAACAAUGGCGUAUGCUCAGAACAAAAGACAACAAGUGAUCCUGACAGAACAAUGGUCAAAGCAGCACAAAGACAUUCACUUCUCUUCAAUGCACCCAGGCUGGGCAGAUACACCAGCUGUGCGGUUAUCGAUGCCUGACUUCUACGAGAAGAUGAAGAAUAAGCUGCGUUCAGAGACUCAGGGUGCAGACACUGUGGUGUGGCUCGCGGUCUCUCCUUCAGCUGCCACACAAGCAAGCGGGCAGUUCUAUCAGGAUCGCAAGCCAGUCUCUGCACACUUACCCUUGGCCUCUACCAGAUCUUCAGCUGGGGAUGAACAGAAACUGCUGACAGUGUUGGAACAGCUUGCCGAAAAGUUUAACCCUAAAACUGCUCAAUCAUCUGAUUAAUAGUCACACUCUGAAAUUAUUAAUACUGUAUAUUUAAAAAUAUAUAUAUACAUUUUUAAACAAAUGUGUUUUUGGUAAACUUGUAUUGCUUUUAUAUUAUUAAUUUUUUAUAUAGAAAUUUAAUAAACCUUUGUAAAGCUUUUGAUGAUUACAGCGACUGGAACAUAAAUGGUACACUUUAAAAUAAAGCUAAAAUAAAAUAAAAUAAAA